CGCAACCGGAUCGAGUGAAGGUAGCUCGGCAGCUGUCCGUGUUGAAUUGGCCAAUUUCUAUCGCGGUCCAGAGGAUUUAAACAUGCAUUUCGUUCUUGAGGAUUGGCGCUAAAUGGGUACCAUUUCAACGAAUGUCAUCCGUAAAUAACUGGAUCCCGGGUGUAAGGAGGAGUGUGUGUCCCAUGUUGCUCUAGGAGCGUAUGUGUGUGUGUGUGUGCGUGCGUGAGUGUGUGCGUGAGGGUGCGUGUGUGUGAGAUGCUGGCCUGUCUGCCAGGGCCAGGUGAUCUCUCCCUUCAGCUCCAUCCCCACUUGCAGAUGAACACUGGACUUCAGAAAUGGGACACUACACAAAGGAUGAGAUCUGCUCAGUAUCCAACCCCUGCGGAAUUGGAUGCUUAUGCUAAAAAAGUUGCCAACAAUCCACUCACCAUCAAGAUCUUCCCCAACAGCGUCAAGGUCCCUCAAAGGAACCACGUUCGCCGUACUGUCAACGGCCUGGACACCGCUGGUCCCCGAUAUAGCCCCUACCCCUCCCCUCAGGCCACUGCAAAGAGCGGCCUCCUUGCCAUUGUCAAAGUGCCCCUGGUCAAGGGUAUCAUCAAGGACUUUGACGGCAGGCGGGCACGUCUACACCCGGAGGUGAUUAUGAAUGCCACAGGCGCCUCAUAUGCAGCGACCUCGGCCAGCACUUUAAAUUUGCACCACCCGUCGCAGGGUCCUCCCAGAGCAUCCCAGAAUCCCCAGGGGCUUCCUCCACACCCUCAGAAUCUCCAGACUUUGCAGCAGCAGCAGCAAUCUGGACAUCCACACCAUGGACUCAGACACCCACCUGCCGCCUCCAUGCCGCAGCAACCCCAGGGUCUUCCGAGGCCCCAGACUCUUUCCUACGCCGCUUCUUUAGGCCAUUCAGGCCCCCACCCUCCUUCAGCCAUUCUCCUUCCUCAGCAGCACCACCAAAACCCACCUCCAAGCCUGCAGGUAGGUGCUAGGAAGCUGCCAGUUGCAGAUGCCCCUCCUAAUGUGACUGUUUCUACCUCAACCAUUCCGUUGUCCAUGGCCGGAGGCAUCCACCAUGGUUGCCAGGCUGAUUUGAACAGCAUAGUGCACCAGAUAAACCAGUUCUGCCAGGCUAGAGCUCAGGGCCCUGGUGGUACGUCAAUGUGUGAAGGGCAGAUCGCGAACCCCAGUCCAAUUAGUCGAAAUCUACUCCUCAACGCCAGGACGCGAGUCUCGGUGCAUGGGGGUAACCCUAGUGCACCUCAUACCGGUCUCAUGCAUCCAUCCUGUGCUCUCGGACCUCCUGAUAAAGCGACUGCGUCUGCACCAGUGAGUGCGAUGCCACCACAUAACAUGGGAGCAAUGAACCGCAUGUAUCACAACGAAAUGAAACAACAGCAUCAACAACAUCUACAGUAUCACCAACAUCAGCCACAGUGUAAUCCACAGAUGAGGUCAUGGAAUCAGCAUCAGCUAGCUCACCUCCAGCACAUCCCUGAGGGGGGCGGACACCCCUGCAAACACCCACCUCAUGACACUGGCCUCCCCUGUAAGGGCAUUAACUAUCCCCCAGAGAUGAGCAUGGGGCAGCCUUAUGCCAUGAAGCCCUCCUCUCCUUCCCCCCCACUUGCCAACAAUAACAAUGCAAUGCCCCCAGGCGCGGUGACCCACUACACCAACGGCCAUUACUACCACCAGCCGUCGGUGUGGGGUAGCAUUCUUCCCACGCCCAACAGCGACAGUUCCAACUCACAGGACCUCCCCGUGCCCUUCCAUGGUCAUGCAGGCACUGGCACGGGCAAUACCAACCCCACCCCAGGGAUGGACUGCGCCCCCACAGGAGGAGCGGCCCAUUACCGAUUAGUAGGGGGUGCCUUAAUAGGGCAGACGAAUCUGAUGCAACCAGCAGAUUGCAUGGGAGGGGAUUUCCAGACGCCCUGCUUCCGAGAUCAGAAUCUCAUCCUGAUGGGGAAGAUGCACAGGCCACCCCCUAUGGGUCGGGUAGUGGUCCCCCCCUCCGAGUUGCAAGGCCAGCACCCAGGGUACAGAUAAGCUUCAGCCCACAAGCCUCAGACACAGUUUCUCUCCUCAGUGAAGUCAGCCAACACACACUCGUGUCAUCUUCUGCUAGUCUUAACAAUAGAACUGAACAAAUGAAAUGAGCUCUUAUCGAUGAAAUGAAAACUCAAGGAUGAUCUUUAAUUCAACAAACGAAACCAAUACAAACCUACGAAUACAAAAGAGCAGUGUUUCUGAGGUUUUCUGUGUUAUUAAUCUUGCAAGUGAUCAAUUUUUGUUUUGUUUAUUUUAAGAGUGCUUUUACUGAAGGGAAUUGUUUUAUCAUUUAUUAUCAUUUUCUACUUCUGUCUCAGCAAAUCCUAGAACCUGGAUCUGAGGUGUUAUUUAUGAACAUAUUUCUGUUUCAUUCAACCUAAUACGCUCUUUGUUUAAGUCCUGACCUAUAACGUCCAGAUGGCAAAUAAGCACAUAUUAUGUCUUCAUUAUAACCUUUAAUAUUUUGGGACUGUAGCUUAAAGCUCCUAGCAUGUGUUCCUGUACAUAAGGAACCUAUUUGUCACACUGUAUGCAUUGGAAAUGUAUAUAUUAGUGUCUCAUAUAUAUUUGGUCUCUACAUGUGACCGGUUGUUGGCUUGUAAAGGGUUCAAACAGCUUGGUUUUUCAGACAAAAACAUUGAAACUUUCAAGACACGAGAGUAACAGUAAUAUAUACAUCCUUCUUACGCAAUGGUCAUUCUCAGUAACCAAUGCGUGUGAAGUUUUGUUUAAUGAUUGUGAAAGAUUAUUUUCUCUGUUGGACAGAGGAGAAAAGCUACUAAUGUUUAAGCUGUGCCAUUUUUAACCUUAUCAUUAUACUCUUCUCAACACAUGAGAAACUAUUACUUGAAUUUCAUAGGUGAAUGACAUCGUUUCAGGUGGGCCACAUGUGGUAUAGUUGUACGUGGGUUUGCAGGACUAAACAUACUACUGAAGAAAGUGUCUGUAGGCUUGUUACUAAUAUUAUGUAGAAACUAACUAUGAACCAAAUCGAGGAUGUAUGAUCCUGUUAAAUUCAUCCUUUAGAAUAACAAAGUAGAAGUUGCUACUGAUUCUUUUGUGAAGUGUGCUUGAAUUGACCAAAUUGAUCACUUGCAAGAUCAUUUGUGAUUAUAUUGAGGACUUCUUUAAGGAAAAGUUAAAAAGGUGAAACAGCAGAUGAAUUGCAUAUUUUAUUGUACACUGGCUAAUCUACUGUACUGCUGUAACUUUAAAGAAGUGUAAUAUUUGUGUAUGAAUGCGGCUGCGUGUGCAUGUGAGGGCAGGUGCGUGUGUUAAGGUGGAUGAGGUGUGUGUGCCGGUGACUCACGGUGUCUGUUUGCCUCUCCUGAACAGCUCUCAUGAAGCCUUAAGUAUUCGGUCCUUGGACUUUCAUUUGAAAACAAGCAUGAUUCUAAUAAAGGUAUAAUGAUUCUGAUUUUGAAGAAUAGACUAUAAAGGAACAGCAUUUUUCCUUGUUUAUUUUUAUUAACUCAAGCUUUUGUUGAAUAGAAAAGCAAUUCUUUAGAAUUACUUUAUAAAUGUAAACAAAGAAAUAAAGAAUAUUUUAUUGUUAUGUUUUAUAGCUGUGUGUAGUACUGGGCUGUAACAAAAUCUUUUUAUUCCAAGUUUCAAAGCUUCAGUUUUGCAAUUUGUGCUAUUUAUAAUUCUGAAUUAGAUUUUUUCUCAUUAUUUAAAUCUUUUUUUGGCAAUUUCUGUGAAAUGGAGGAAGCUUUUAGAAGUCUUUCUCAUAUCUGUCACUCUGUGGCUGUCGAUUGAAUGUGUGGCAAGAAUAUGAUGAGUGUGAGAGUUGUGCUACUCAUUUUUUGUAAUAUUGUAAUAAAAUAAAGUUCUAAUUUAUGCUUUCAAAUGGGACUCUGUUGUAUACUGAUUGCUGUGAACAGCUGGAAUUUUUACUCAUUGACCGGUCAUAAACAUUCCUCUGUGUUUUAAAUACCUUCGUUCAGCAUUUUAGUACCUUUAGACAACAUUUGUGAAUGGACAUUUUUGUCAGUGAUCUGUUGUAAUAAACAGAUCCGUGCUUACUCUACUCAUCAUAUAUGAACAUCUUAUUGGUACCUAGCUGAGGAAAAGGCAGACAUUUAGAAAAACAAUAAUUGGAAAUGAAUUUGCUGAUGUUGUCUAAAGCACCUUGCAGUCAAGUGGAAUAUCAUGAUGAUAAGUAUAUACAGCCAAAGAAAAAAUAAGAGACCAUUCCAAAUUUUCAUUUAAUCAGCAUUUCUAGGUGUAUUGUGGUCACUCCAGUCCAGUGUCUGUUAAAUUUCAACAAAAUCAAACCUCAGGAGUGACAAAGUCAUCCAACAGCAAUGUGAAAGACUGACA